AUGAAUCUCCUCGCCGACUCAACCACCAACCAAACGGAGGUUUCUUUGGCCAUAGCCAAACAUUUGUUCUCCAAAGAAGAAUACAAAGAAAAGAACAUUGUUUUUUCGCCAUUGUCGCUCCAAAUCAUACUCAGUAUCAUAGCUGUUGGCUCUGAUGGUUCCACGCAACACCAGCUUCUUGAAUUCCUCCGUGCUAAUUCCACCGACCAACUCAAAACCUUAUGCUCUCAACUCGUUUCCUAUGUGCUCGCUGAUAACAGUCCAGCUGGCGGACCUCUGGUGUCUUUCGUCAAUGGUGUGUGGAUUCAACGAUCUUUAUCUCUUCAACAUUCCUUCAAAAAAAGUGUAGCUACUGAUUUCAAAGCCGCUAUUGACUCAGUUGAUUUCGCAACCGAGCCACUUGAAGUGAGAAAUAAAGUGAAUUCAUGGGCUGAAAAGGAGACAAAAGGUCUUAUAAAGAAUCUCCUUCCACCUGGUGCAGUUGAUAGCUUAACCAAACUUAUCUUCGCAAAUGCACUAUACUUCAAAGGAGCAUGGUCGUCAGAGUUUGAUAAAUCAAAAACAAAAGACUGUGAUUUUUACCUUCUCAGUGGCAGUUCAGUCCAAGUUCCCUUCAUGAGAAGCAAGAAUGAACAGUAUAUUAGAACUUUUGAUGGUUUUAAAGUCCUUCGUCUUUUUUAUAAGGGAGGUGAGUCAUAUAAGCAUGAGGAUAGGCGUAGUUUCUCUAUUUACUUUUAUCUUCCUGAUGCAAAAGAUGGAUUGUUAGCUUUGAUCGGAAAGGUAGCUUCUGAUUCUGAGUUUUUGAAGCAUACACGUCCUAGAGAUUCAGUGCCAGUAGGUGACUUUAGAAUUCCAAGAUUCAAUAUUUCUUUUGGCCUUGAAACUUCUAGCAUGUUGAAGGAGCUAGGAGUGGUUUUACCUUUCUAUGAAGCAGGUGGAGGUUUGACAAAAAUGGUAGAGGACUCUCCUAUAGGUGAAGAAGAACUUUAUGUUUCGGCAAUAUAUCACAAAUCUUAUAUUGAAGUAAAUGAAAGAGGAACUGAAGCUGCUGCAGCGACCAGUACUGGACUUAGGGUUGGAUGCGCUAUGCUUAGCAAACCACCACCUCCCAUAGACUUUGUAGCCGACCACCCUUUCAUGUUUUUGAUUAGAGAAGAUUGCUCUGGAACGGUGCUUUUUAUUGGACAAGUGCUCCAUCCCAAAGCACUUAAAGUUGCAAAAGAAGUGAAUUCAUGGGCUGAAAAAGAGACAAAAGGUCUUAUAAAGAAUCUACUUCCACCUGAUGCAGUUGAUAGCUUAACCAACCUUAUCUUUGCAAAUGCACUAUACUUUAGAGGAGCAUGGUUGUAUGAGUUUGAUAAAUCCAAAACAAAAGAUUAUGAUUUUUACCUUGUGAAUGGUAGCUCAGUCAAAGUUCCCUUCAUGACGAGUAAGUACAACCAACUCAUUAGUGCUUUUGAUGGUUUUAAAGUCCUUCAACUUUCUUAUAAGGGUAGGCGUAGUUUCUCUAUGUACUUUUAUCUUCCUGAUGCAAAGGAUGGAUUGUUAGCUUUGAUUGAAAAGGUAGCUUCUGAUUCUGAUUUUUUGAAGCGUACACGUCCUAGUGAUUAUUCAGUGCCAGUAGGCGACUUUAGAAUUCCAAGAUUCAAUAUUUCUUUUGGCCUUGAGACUUCUGAUAUGCUAAAGGAGUUAGGAGUGGUUUUACCUUUCUCUAAAACAGGUGGGGGUUUGACAAAAAUGGUGGAGGACUCUCCUGUAAGUGAAGAACUUUAUGUUUCAAGCAUGUACCACAAGUCUUUUAUUGAAGUAAAUGAAGAAGGAACUGAAGCUGCCGCAGCGACAAUUACUGUACUUAGGGGUGGAGGUGGCUGGAAUUCACCGCCGCCUCCGAUAGACUUUGUAGCCGACCACCCUUUCAUGUUUUUGAUUAGAGAAAAUUGCUAUGGAACAAUACUCUUUAUUGGACAAGUGCUCAAUCCCAAUGAUUUAGAAAACCGUCCGCAAAAACGGCCGCAACAAGAUGAUACCGGAAGGCGCCGAAAUCGAAAGAAAUUAUGAUUAAUUCAAACUAUGACUACCGUACUUGAUCCUCUUGUCAUGUGAUGUGUGUGAUAUGAUCUUUACUUUUUCGUUCUAGAAUCAAUUGAUCUCUUGCUAUUGAA